CAUGUCCAUAAGUUUUCCCAUAUUUUUGUUAUUAGUACUUUUAAUGGUUAAUAAGGUUUAUAGUUCCACGGAAGCAGAAAAUAAACGAUGCCAUGGAAUACCUUUACUUAAAGACAUUAAUAUGGAAAGAUUAGCUGGCAAUUGGUAUGGUCCUGAUAUUGGAAAUCUGAGUGGUGAUGAAAUCUCACGAAAAUAUGUACUUUACAGUUUAACAUCUGAUAAAAGGAAUACAAGUGUAAUCCUUCCCGAAUUAAUGGAUUUCAAUAGAUCAAGUACCGUUAGCAAAAUUGAAAUGUACAAAACACAUCAAAUAAAAAAUUCUUCGGAAUUUACGUUUGAAUCGGUGCGCGGUAAACAAAAUCACAGUGCUUGGGCGAUCGGAACUGAUUACAAUACAUGGUCAACUUGGUGCCUUUCUAAACCUGAGCAUCAUGCUAAAGGAGUUUUAUUUAUUUUAACAAGGGAAAAGAAUCCAAAAGAUACUGUACUCGAAUCAGCACGAAAUUCGGCUAGAAAAGCAGGAAUAAAAGUGACAAAAUCUAAACAAAAGAUAAAAGGUAAAAAGACAAAAAAGAAUCGCGCUGUUUCAAUGUCUCAAUUAAAUUUUGAAUAUUUUGGCUAA